AUGCUAAAAACUCUUCAUUUAAGAACCUUAUCAAAGGUCAAUGUACAAUGGACUAAGAGAAAACAAACGAGCAGUCAAAAUUUCUCGCAAGAUGAAGCUAAAAAUUCUUCUGGUAUAAUGAGUUUUGACGACAUUCCCGGACCUAAAGUAUAUCCAGGCAUUGGCACAUUAUAUAAGUAUUGGCCGUUUAUUGGUGAAUACCAUUCAGACGCAUUAGAUAAGGCUGCAUGGCUUAAUUGGCAUAAGUAUGGCGGAUUUGUAAAAGAAGUGCCCGUGGUCAAAUUGAUUCAUAUCUACGAACCCGAGUUAAUAGAAGCAAUAUUACGACAAAAGGAACGAUAUCCUGCAAGAAGAAGUCACAUUGCAAUGUUGCAUUAUCGCCUGAGCAAGAAACAAGUUUAUAAUACCGGCGGACUUUUAUCGACAAAUGGCCCUGAUUGGUGGCGUCUUAGGAGCACCUUUCAGAAAAAAAUUUCAAACCCAUUAAACGCAAAACAAUAUGUAGAAGAAGCUGAUACCGUUACAAGGAAGUUCGUGCAAUGGAUUAUAGAACGACAAACAAGUCAUCAUGAAAAUUUUUUAACUUAUUUAAAUCGCUUAUAUUUAGAAGUAAUAGGAGUAAUUGCUUUUGAUGAGCAUUUCGACAGUUUUUCGACGCACGAACAAAGCUCUCAAGCUCGAAGUAGUAAAGUGAUAAAAGCAGCUUUUGAAUCAAACAGCGGUAUUUUUAAGUUAGACAAAGGAAUACUGUGGAGAUACUUUAAAACACCACUUUACAAGAAGCUAGCUGAUUCUCAAGAAUACUUAGAAAAAAUAUGUAUGGAUAUACUGUUGAAUAAAAUUAGUUUUUAUGAAGAGGAACAAUCUGUAGGCGACAAAUCAUUAUUAGGCUCAUUUCUACAAUUGCCUGAUGUUGAUAUAAAAGAUAUACUGGGAAUGAUGGUAGAUAUGUUAAUGGCUUCAGUAGACACGACGUCAUAUACAACAAGUUUCGCUUUGUACCACUUGGCUCGUAAUCAAAAUUGUCAAAACAAGAUAUUUGAGGAAGUAUCGUCGCUUUUACCAAACAAAAACUCUGAAAUUACUGCUGAAAUAUUGUCUAAAGCAGUGUAUGUCAGAAGCUGUCUUAAGGAAACUCUACGUUUAAACCCUGUUUCUAUUGGAGUGGGUCGAGUUUUACAAAAUGAUAUCGUAUUAAAAGGAUAUCUGAUUCCUAAAGACACAGUGGUAGUUACACAGAAUAUGGUAGCUUCACGCUUACCGCAAUAUGUUAAAGAUCCUUUACAAUUCAAACCAGAGAGAUGGAUUCGUGAUUCUGAACACUAUGAAAAUAUUCAUCCAUUUUUAAGCUUACCCUUUGGAUUUGGCCCUCGCUCGUGCAUAGCCAGAAGACUGGCAGAGCAAAAUAUGUGCAUCACGAUAAUGCGGCUAAUUAGACAGUUUAAAUUAGACUGGAUUGGCGGUGAGCUUGGAGUAAAAACUCUUCUGAUAAAUAAGCCUGAUAAGCCGAUAUCAUUAUCGUUCACAUCAAGAUUUACA